AUUAAAUAAAUUACGUUAAUGUCAUAUGUGAUUAUGAAUAAUAAUGUUGAAUUUCAAGUUAUAUAAUACUUUAACAGUAGAGACCAUUGAUAAUAAAUAAUUAAUGUAAAUUUACUAUUAAUUAAUUAUGAAUUCUUUAAAAGGAAAAAUUUAAUUAUGUAAACUUUUCGUGAGACUUAAUAAUAAGCGUCAUAAAAACCCGGAUUAUUAUCGUAAUAAAAACGAGCAUUAUCUAUUUUGUAGAAUCUUAAGCUUGCCACGUUACGUUUACUCCUACUACUAAUAAAAAUAAUAAAAUACUAUUUGAGAAUCGUCAAAAUUUAAGUGGGCUUCAGUAUUAAACUCAGUCUUGCAACAGACUGCUAAAUAAAAUUCUAAUCAUGAAUAAAUUUAUUAUCUAUUCAUUAUUUUUAAUAUUACUAGAACUUUUAACAAACGUACGCUCGAAGAAAUUAAUAAUUGACACGGAUGGAGGACCCGACGACUCAGCAGCUAUUCUCUUGAUUUUAUCUGCUUGUGCAAACAAUAAUACUAAUUAUGAGGUCGUUGGAAUCACGUGUGUCUACGGAAAUACUUAUGAAGAGAAUGUUGAACAAAAUGUUCUUAAAACUCUCACUCUCGCCAAAUCGCAGAUUCCUGUAUAUGGAGGAGCAAAGAAGCCUUUGGUAGGUGAAUUCAAGUUUGAUGAUUAUUUUGGCAACGAUGGAUUCGGUGAUUUCAAAUUUGAUGAAGAAAUUCACGGUCAUGUUGAUAGAUCUGCUCACGCAGCAUUAGUUUUAAUUGACUUGGCAAAAAAGUAUCCUGGAGAAUUGGACAUACUUGUUCUGGGUCCAUUAACAAACAUUGCAAUUGCAGUAACUCUGGAUUCUAAUUUUAUGAACAACAUCAACAGGUUAUAUAUUAUGGGCGGAUGUAUAGGAGGCAAAAAAAAACCUCUUGUUACUGAUUACAACUUUGGAAAUGAUCCUGACAGUAAUUAUAUUGUUUUAAAUGCCCCGAAGUCUGGGAAAAUUAAUCUUUUGUUUCCUAAAGAGACUGUUUUUAAAGCAGCAGUUUCCAAGGAAUGGAGAGUGAAUGUAUUAGGAGCGAUAAAUUCACGGAUUGUAAGUUUUCUGAACAAAGCCGAGGUUAAAGGCUUGAACCGUCAAUCUUCAACUUGGAGACCUGCUGAUGUAAUGGUAGCAGCAGUGAUGCUCUGGCCAGAACUAAUAGCAGAUGCAGUACAAAUGAACGCAUUACCUAUCACCGCUGGGAAGACUAGAGGGGCUUUGAUGAUCGAUUACGAUGGAGUGUCAAAAAAACCGAAGAAUGUUGAAUUUGUUAGAAAUAUUGACGUUGAUAAAUUUAAAUGUAAACUAUUAUAUUAUUUUUCAUAGAAUUAAAUGUCAACUUUCUCUUUGUACUUUUGCUAAAAAAAAAAUAAAUGAAUAUUAAA